ACGAAAUAAAAAAUGCUAAUUUUUCGAAAAUCAUUGAAAAUUCCUCGUUUAUUGAAUGAGUUCAAGACUCAAUAAAAACAUCGAUAUUUUUGCAGUCUUUCAAUAUGCGACGAGUCAGGAAGAUUAUCGAAGGGUUUAUGUUUGGGGUUUGGCGGAACACGGAGCAUUGGGAACUUUAGGAAAAACAAGAAUAGUGGACGACGUAGCUUACAUAGGAAAGCCUAGCCGAUUGUAUUUUGGAGAGAAGCACAAAGUGGUUGAUAUAGGUUGUGGCUAUGGAUUUUUUAUGUUCGGAGUCAAUUCUGACGACAGAAAAAUUGUUUAUGGCAAUGGAAUCAACACAGAUUCGCAAAUUGAUUCGAUGACUCGGACGAACAGUACACAGCCGGAAUAAUUCCUGUCCCAAGACCCAUUCAUUUGCCAUUGAAGAGUCUUUCACUAAAAGUACUUGGACUCGCAGCGGG